CAGCCUCACUCUCUUCAGAGCCAAGAAACGAAGCACACAUACACACACACACACACACUCACUCACUCACUCACACACCCCAAAAUGCCUUCCUCUUCGACCACCAUAGUCUCCAAAUGCGUCGUCCACCCCGACCAAAAGUCCGACCUUAAACCCCUCAAACUCUCGGUUUCUGAUCUUCCAAUGUUGUCCUGUCACUACAUCCAAAAGGGCGUGUUACUCACCGCCCCACCCUCUUCCUUCGAAGACCUCAUUCUCUCUCUUAAAACCUCUCUCUCCGCCGCACUCUCCCACUUCCCCGCCCUCGCCGGCCGUCUCUCCACCGACGCCCAAGGCUACGUUCACAUACUCUGCAACGACGCCGGCGCCGACUUCAUCCACGCCAAGGCCAAACACUUGACGCUAAACGCCGUCGUUUCGCCCUCGCUCCACGACGUCCACCCCUGCUUCAAGGAGUUCUUCGCCUACGACAUGACCAUCUCCUACGCCGGCCACCGCACUCCCCUCGCCGCCGUCCAGGUCACCGAGCUCGCCGACGCCCUCUUCAUCGGCUGCACCGUCAACCACGCCGUCACCGACGGCACCUCCUUCUGGCACUUCUUCAACACCUUCGCCGCCCUCACCAAAGGCGGCGCCGCCAAGAAAAUCCUCCGCGCGCCGGACUUCACCCGCGCCACCGUCUUCAACUCCCCCGCAGUCCUCCACGUCCCCGCCUCCGGCCCCGCCCUCACCUUUGACGCCGACGAACCCCUCCGCGAACGCGUCUUCCACUUCUCCCGCGAAGCUAUUCAGAAACUCAAACUUAGAGCCAACGCCAACAACAACGAACUAACGGAAGUAGUUGGAAAACAAGUAAAUGACGGUUGGAAAAUCGUUAACGUUAACGGUAACGGUAACGCUAACGGAAAGGUUAACGGAAGAAACGAGAUCUCGUCGUUUCAGUCGUUAUCGGCUCAGCUCUGGCGCGCGGUGACACGUGCGAGGAAAUUCGAAAACCCGGCGAAAACGUCGACGUUUCGCAUGGCGGUUAAUUGCCGGCACCGUUUGGAGCCGAAGAUGGACGCGUUCUACUUCGGGAACGCGAUUCAGAGUAUUCCAACGGUUGCGACCGUGGGCGAUAUUCUCUCGCGCGAUCUGCGUUUCUGCGCGGAGUUGCUGCACCGGAACGUGGUGGCGCACGACGACGCUACGGUGCGGCGCGGCGUAGAGGAUUGGGAGAAGGCGCCGAGGCUGUUUCCUCUAGGGAACUUCGACGGCGCGAUGAUCACGAUGGGGAGUUCGCCGCGUUUUCCGAUGUACGAGAACGACUUCGGGUGGGGGAGGCCGGUGGCGAUUCGGAGCGGAAAGGCGAACAAGUUCGACGGCAAGAUCUCUGCGUUUCCCGCGAGAGAGGGAAACGGCAGCGUGGAUUUGGAAGUCGUUUUGGCCCCCGAGACCAUGGCGGGGCUCGAAAACGACAUGGAGUUUAUGCAGUACGUAACGCAGGCCGUGUGAGUUCCAUACUAGUCUUAGUGAAAAUGAAAACUCGUCAAAAUUAUAAGUCGGUGAUGAAACGACGGUGGAUGAUUGCGCUUGCGCCACAAUAGUACCAUGGCUCUGGGCGUCCUUUUGUCUCGGUCAAAGUCAAACGUUCGCGGUUUGGGUUGGGUUGUGUAGGGUCUGUGUUCUAAGGCUGUGUUUGGAUGACCCUACAUAUAUAAUGAUUUUCUGUACGUGAUUUGGGGGAAGUUUUCAGUUUUCACUUUUCAGGUGACCAAUAACAGGAUGAAAUAUUAUUAAUAAUAAUAAAUGAUGAUGAUGAUGAUAAAUUAAAAUUGAAAAUUAAAGGAAAAAUAUGUUGGAGCCAAAAUAGGCUUUUGGGGUUUUCGUUUAGCUGUUAUGUAAGUGUUGUUGGUGUUACUUUUUCUCUUUAUAUAUAUAAAUAUUUAUUCAUUUAA